AUGAUGACAUGACAGUGAAUGUGUACGUGACUGACUAAGAAUGAAAACAACUUCAACAUUCCAUAGAAAAGAGUGCUGGGAUGUAUUGAGAUCACAAGCUAUGAACUUUUGUUAAUGGUCAUUAUUUGGCUAUGCUCCCAAGUAGAUAAUGGACAAUUGUCAUUAUUAAUCACUGUGUAGAAGUAAAAUCUUAUUAUGAGGGUUUAGUCAUAUACAGUGGCAAAUUAACAGCACACUAAAUGCAACUAGAUUUAUGAAACAUUAAAUGAGAAGAAAUGUGUUGUUGAUGAGUAAGAUUUUACUCAUACCAGUGGUGGUUCUAAGCUACCCGCACGCUUUCCAUUUUCCAAAAUGGUAAAAUUAACUAGAAUAUCAGGGGCAUCCAGUGGAUUCAAUUGGUAGCAGCAAACUGAAAUUCUUUAAAUGCAACUUCAACAUUAUUGUUAUUUAUUGAGUAUGAAGAUAUUUAUUUAAGUAAAUUAUCGUUUAUUAUAUUGUCUAUCACACAAUUAUCAUUCAGUUAGAAAACCCAACACAGUGGCAGACCGACCAAGGAGCAUCUGGCAGACUUACUUUUUGUAUCCAUAAUGAGAAAAGAUCUUCUUCUAUUGUCAUAUUACCUUUUAACCGAUUGAAAUCCAACAAAAUAGUCUCCGCAGCCCCCACUAGUAAAGCCAGUUUCUUCCACCAAACACCAAGUAAAUCAUUUAUUGUAAUAAUGAUAAUAAAUUCAUCAACAUCCUACGCAGAAAGGUCCAUACAGAUUUACAUGUCAGAAAGGGUGGUAACAUACAACAUGGCAACUUCAAAUCAAUGAUCUGGAACAGUUGAACAUGGUUGAUUGCAUCUUAACUUUAAGAUUUAUCAGACAUGUGAGUGAUUCAUAUAUGCCACCAUAAUAAAGAUUAUUAAGUGCAGCAGUCUGUGACAAAUCAUGCAAAUUAAAAAUAAAAAAUAAAAAAGACAAUGAAAAGAAAGAAAGGAAAAAGUCAUAAAUCCUGUUACCCGUCAUGCACAUGAACAUGAGUGGAUGGCUUAUAGAAUUUUGAGUUCCUGGUGUAGAGGACCCACUCUCCAUUUGGUUACAUGAUGUGAUCUUGACAAUUAAUAGCCAACACAAAUCUUGUAAUGAUCUUUGUGUUUCUCUCCAGCCAUCUUUAUCUCAGAUGAUAGGAGGCUUCAAGGACCUAAUUUAUUUCACAUUCAUAAACAGUUCGUAAUCAAAUGGUUAAGUAGAUCCCCACUCCACCCACCAUCUGCAACAAGUGAUCAAACUUGGUAUUCGGAAGAGAGCAGAGAUGAAGGUAUACACUUUUUGCUUAUGCCUCGUCAAAGUGAUCUUCCUCACUUCUAUGGGUUGAAUUUUUCUCUUUUGGAUGCAGUUACUAGGCUGGAUGCACCGUAAGUUCCGCCAAAAUAGCAAUGAACCACUCAAGGAUUUUGUCAUUGGGCAUUCUUGUAAUUGUCUUACAGGGCAGUCAUCACUGGAUGACCAACAAUUCUACUCAAAGCCAAACUAUGGUACCAAGCCAUUCAGGCAAACUGGGAGAGACCAUCUUCGAAAGUCUUUUGCUGGUGUAGAAGCAGCACGGGUAGAAGAAGAAGACUAUGAAGAAGAAUCAUCAUCAGCCAUAUCUGAGCUAUUCCAUGGCUUUCUUGCAAUAGGCACCCUUGGUUCAGACCCUAACAUUCCCGAUCCAUCAACACCAACAUUUGCUAUAUCUGUAGAAAAUAUAACUGAAAAAGAAACAGAAGUAACAGAAAAUGAGCUGAAGCUCAUUAAUGAUGAGUUGGAGAAGGUUCUGGGAGCUGAAGCGAAAGAAGAAGGCUGCAAUGACUCAUCUGGAAGAAACAGUCAUGUCAGCACUGGAAGAAGCAGUCAUGGCAGCACAAUUACACUUAGUGGAAAGCCAAUGGAAGGUCCAGAUACCAAUGGGAAUGGUACUACAGUUUGUCCACUAAAAGGUUAUCUUUUUGGCUCAGCAAUUGAAUGGUCAGAAACAACUACAGUGGCAAAAAAGGAACAUAGGACCUCACUUGGAGAGCUUUUUCAGAGGACUAAAAUAACAGAGGAGAAUUUUGGGAGUAAAUAUGACAAGGAGGACAAGCGAACAGAGAAGGAAGGAGAUAAAUCUGCAGUUCACAUUAUGAAAAAAAUGCUGAAGAAGAAAAUGCUCAAUGCUUCUAGGAGCUCUACUACAGCUACGGGUGGAAAUAUUGAUUCUGCUUCUGCAGAAACAAAACUGCACAAGAUUUUACACAUGUUCCACAGAAAAGUUCAUCCUGAAAGCUCAACAGCAACAUAUAAACAUGGCAAGCCCCAAAAGAAUGAGAACAAGAAAGGCAUCUGGUAUGAUGGAGGACAUGAGAAUGGAAGCCAUAUGCUUGCAGAGGAGGACAUAAUGAUAUUUCCUCAGAGAGCCCCUUCAAAGAACACGCGACGCUACAAGAGCCAAUCUAACCCACCUCAAUUCACACUUGGCUGCAAUGAUUCAAAUGGGAACAGGGAGUUCUGGAUCAAAACAGAUGCAGAUUACCUGGUGUUGGAGCUCUAAAAGGUGGAAGCAACUUUCAAGUGUGGCUUUCCAAUUAUCAUCCCCAGUUAGCAUGAAUGAAAAUUGAUGGUGUUUCCUGUGUUUAUGAGAUUCUCUAUUGUUAGUAAUUAUUAAAAUGGUAUUUGAGAGUGGCUAUUUUACUAAACAGCUUGAAAUAAAUAAUGGAGGCCCUCCUCCUGAAACCUACAUGUGGGAGUGCUUAAUGUAAAAUUCUAAGGCAUUAUUGUUUUCCUACCAAACAUAUAUCAAUUAGUAUUGGAAUUGAAUUACUUCAA